AUACUUUGUAAAUAAAAACACUAUCUUCUGAUGUGGUAAAAAUGUCAUUCUGCCUUGUUUGUCAUUUAUUUUGAUUUCUCAGUUUAUGUCAUAAACUAACUACCACACAUUCACUUCAUGAUUUCAAACAGACAGUACAGUAAGCAGACAGGAAUUACAAUCUCAUCAGAUCGCUCACCGCUGUCAUCUAUAUCAUCCUCUGUUUUGUAAUCAUUCUAUUAAUUGAGUAAAUCGUGGCGUUUUUUUCUUCUUCUCCCCGAUGCAACAGAUGGCUGUAGAGUGCAUAGCAGAUGGUACUGUAUACAGUAGGGGUAAAACACUGACCAUUAUAACGCUAUAGAUUCUGCAUAAUUUAUAAUCCCUCUAUUUUGUCCAUGACAGAGGUUACACACAGCACUAAAAUAGUUCAAGCGCAGAUCACAGAAGUUACGUUUAAUACAGAAUUCUCAUUCAUAAAGGACUAACACACUUUUUAUUAGUUACUAUUCAGUAUAGACUUUGUGGCUGUUAAUACAAUAACAUUGUCCGAAUGUUAUCACAAGCAAAUUGUUACAAUAGCUGAGAAAACAGUUGAUAAGUCAAAGUUUUAGAAAUUUAUCAAAGUUUACAUCCUGAUAGCAAGGUUUUCAAUGUAAUGACAGUAUUGUAUUUAUUGCAAAUACAAUCUUUGUAUCAGACUGAAGUAUAGUAUUGAUUUUAACAUUUGCAUGUUAGUGAUAAUAUUUUGACAGUUUAGCUUUCUUACCUUCAGACACAAGCCUCUCUUCCAUGAUAUUUUUUUUAUAUAUUUUUCCAAGAUAUUUAGACAUGAUCAGAAAAUUGCAUGUUUAUUUAUUAUUUGUGGUAAAUUCAAACUUUUGAUCUUCACCAAAACCCCCCAAAAAGUGAAAAAUACACCUGUCCAUCAUCUGCAAAGUUGUCGGUGGUAUAUCCUUGUUUUGACAAAGCCAUCUUGUUGUUGGUGGUUGAAGAAGCCCAGUUGGACUGAGGCGGCCCAGGAGUAACUCUUAAGAUGUGUCAUUGGAUUAGCAUGUGAGCAUCUGCCUUUAGCCUCCUCCAGUCGAACACAAACACCUUUGAGAGCUGCGUCUCAUGUACAGGACUCUCGACGGAGCCGUCUUCAUGGUGCGGUUUCAUGACUUCAUUCUUUAGGAUGAAGAAUGUGAAGAUUUUACAUUUGACACUGCUUUUUGUGUUUGUGCACCCCUGCUUUGCACAAGCAGACUUUGCCCCCUAUUUCUACGACAAUGGACCCUACAUCUACAAUGGGAACCUGGCGCUGUUCAGCCUCUCAGAGGAUACGACUAUCGGUACACAGAUCUAUUGUCUCAAUGGCACGGACCCCGAGGGCCAGGAGGUGAGGUACGGCCUUUCCUUUGAUCCAGGGUGCAAAGAAUACUUUAGGGUCGACCCCAUAUCCGGAAACAUCACAUUGGUGGAACUGCUGGACAGAGAGAAAGAAGAUUCUAUUGACGUUCUUGUCAGCAUCACAGAUGGGCUAAGCAAGGUUGUGGAAAGAGUCACGGUAUUUGUAAUGGAUGCGAAUGAUGAAAAACCUGAAUUCCAAAACAUGCCGGCAAUCAUUGAUGUCCUGGAAACAACUGAGUCUGGCAGCAGCAUCUACAAAGUCGAGGCAGUGGACAAAGACACAGGCUCAGGGGGCUCGGUCACCUACUUCCUCCAGAAUCCUCAGUCCUCUUUGUUUUCCAUGGACAGACAUAGUGGUGUCCUUCGUAUCAAAUCUGAACAAAUGUUGGACUAUGAGAAAACAAAGACACACUUUGUCACUGUCAUUGCAAAGGAUGGUGGUGGUAAUUUAUAUGGCAAGGAGCAGUUUAUGUCGUCCUCUGCUACCCUGACGAUCAAUGUGAUCGAUGCACAGGACACUCCGCCAAUGUUUAUUGGGACGCCAUAUUUUGGCUACGUUUAUGAAAUCUCAGAGCCAGGAUCUGAAAUAUUCACUGUUCUAGCCAAAGAUGGCGAUGUGGGAAACCCAAAUCCAGUCCGUUAUUCCUUUGACUCUGGCGACGAUGGGGUUUUUAGCAUAAACAAAACAAGCGGUUGUAUCACCCUGCUGGUUUUCCCCAUCCAUCUGAAGAGAGAAAUCUUUAACAUUAAAGUCAAGGCAUCAGAAGUAAGUCCUGAAGGCAGACUCCUGGACUAUGGAAUGACCACGGUGGUGAUCCGCGUGGUGGACCUGAACAAUAAUCCACCUACUUUCUACGGAGAGAACGGCACACAGAACAUGUUUGAGUUGACCAUGUAUGAGCAUCCACCAGAGGGAGAGAUCCUCCGGGGGCUGAAAAUUACAGUCAACGACUCUGAUCAGGGUGCGAAUGCUAAAUUCAAUCUUCGACUGAUCGGGCCGGGGAGGAUGCUACGAGUCGUCCCUCAGACUGUACUCAAUGAGGCCCAGGUCACAAUCUUAGUAGAAGACUCUGCCGCCAUGGACUACGAGAAACACCACUUUCUCACAUACAAGCUACUUGCAGUUGAGAUCGAUACGCCCGAGAGAUUCAGCGCCACAGCAGACAUCAUCAUUCACCUCUUGGACACAAACGACAACGCUCCCAAAUUCUCCUCCGAUUACUACAUCGCCAGAAUUCCAGAAAACUCACCCGGUGGCUCCAAUGUGGUGUCGGUCACGGCAGCAGACCCAGACUCGGGACCUUGGGGCGAAGUGAAGUACUCCAUCUACGGAUCAGGCGCCGACUUGUUCCUGAUCCAGCCUACAUCUGGGAUCAUCUACACCCAGCCAUGGGCGAGCCUGGACGCGGAGGUGAGGUCCAAGUAUAACUUCUAUGUGAAGGCAGAGGACGCAGAGGGGAAGUACAGCCUGGCAGAGGUCUUUGUGACUGUGUUGGACCUGAACGACCACCCACCUGCAUUCAAUGACAACUUCCUCGAGACAACUAUGGUGAUUGGAGCACCAGUGAAAAUAGAGGCUGUAGACGAUGAUGCAGAAGUACCCAACAAUGUCAUCGAGUAUGCCAUCAUGAAAGCCGAGCCGAACAACAACAUCUUUGACAUUGACGCCGACACGGGGGAGAUCAUGCUCAAGUCCUACAUCAAGUCAAUGGCCAUCAUUCAGAACAUCACCAAGCAGAGAGACUGCACCUGGUCGCUGGUGGUGCAGGCCCGGGACCGGGGCCAGCCGUCCUUCAGCACCACCGCGGUCAUCAAGAUCGACAUCACUGAAGCUACCCAACUCAGUGGGGGGCCUUUGGAAUCAUUUUUGAUGCAGAGUAGAAACAACCCUUUGCAAAUCCUAGGCAUGCUCGCUGGUGUCAUUUGUCUCAUGGUCAUAGUCACAGUCAUCAUCUCCACUGCCACAUUCAUACGCAACAAAAAAUCCAACCGGAUCCUGCCUAACCGCCGCGUGAGGAGGAGGAAACAGAACCCCUGGAACUUCGGAAACCCCUUCAAGAGGCCAGAAAACCCCGGAGAGAAAUUCAGAGUAGAAGAUGAAGAGCCGGAGCCGGAGCCGGAGCCGGAGCCGGAGGUCAUCGUGGAGAAUGUCAACUACAACAACAACGUGACCAAUGUUGUGAGACAGUGGCCUCUGCCGCCUUGCGCCCCAUGUCUUCCCCCUCCAGCACCCGCUUACAUCCCAGGGCAGAGGCAGUGGACGGUACCCACCGUCUCGGCGACAGUGGCAGCCAAACCUAGAAAGAAGCCAGGGAUGAACAGACAGGACACUGUGAACUUAGCGUUGGUCUCAGAGCUGAAGAUGAGGCUGGAGCAGAAGAGGAUGCUGAAACAUUAAUAGUGCUGGACAAAACAAUCUCACCUCGAGGUCCAUUUAGUAGCCGUCCUGGAGUUUUCAGGAUCUUUAUCAGCAGAUCCAGUCUGCCCAGUUGUCAUGGAAAUGUAGACGUAUAAGGUCUCGUCAUCCAUGUUUACCGUAAAGCCAAAUGGAAAAAUUGAAGUGGAAUUUUAAUCAUCCACAUAUCUGACAAGUGGGCAGACUUCAUUUGAAGAUGAUGAAGAUCAUGUGAUCUGAUCAAAAGCUCCAGAAUAGCUGCUAAAUAGACCUUGAGGUGUGUGUGUGUGUGUGUGUGUGUGUGUGUGUGUGU